AUGAAUAUUAAUACUAUUCAAAUCAUUGCACUCAAAUGUACGAACAGUUUCGAGUGCUUUUAUUUAUUUAUUGAAUUCCGCGGAUUGCCAGUUUGAGAAGGCGCUGUACAUGUGUGUUAAACCUUACAGGAAAUUGAAAGAGAUGACCAAAAAAGAAGGCAGUUCCAUUUUUUGAUAAAGACAUGGCGUUUCCACCCAUCGAACCAUUACCUGAAAUUAACAUUUGGGAGAAGAAGAAAGACAAAACAGCGUACCUUCAUAAGCCUCCAACCAUACAACCAAAUUAUGGACAAAGGGGAAAACACAGUUUACUUCCAAAAACAAACAUUGCCAGAGUGCUGUUGUACGAAAACACCAUGCAAGACAAUGUAUUAGAUGUUCAGCUUAAAUACCUUAAACACCAAAGACGCAGUUUCCGGUUUUCACACCGCAAACACAGAUAUGCUUUUAUAGAUUCGCUCAAUCAUCGCCGGAAGUGGCAUGAAAUGUGGGAGGCUGGUUACCAGCGUAUGAAAGACGCCUUCAUUGCGAAAUAUGGAACGCGUUAUAUGCCAGUACCAACACCGGAACCGGAAGUAGACCCAUUUACCAUUUAUGCACGAUUAGCUCCACCAAUAAAUGUUCUAUGCUUUUAUCUGGAUUCACAAGAACCGAAACAAACGAAAAAAGAAAAACCAAAAGAUGCGCAGAAAACAUUACUCCCGCCGCACAAACCAAGUAUGGAUGAAUACCUGCACGAUCAUGAACGUUUGAUAAAUAAUCAAGACAGUGAACUGAGGCUGUAUACACGCUCAACUGAAGAUCCUAGGUUCAGAAGGCUGGAAGAAGUUCUAGCUCCUCCACUUUUCCGUACAGAUGGCUACAAUCAGCUUAGCCCGGGCUACUGUAAAGCUGAUGCUAAAGUGAAGAAGUGGGCAGCUGUAAGGCAUAGGGGCAUAGUCUUGCCGAGAUUUUAUACACGACAUCAAGUCGCUUCAAGGGACUCUGCAAGGUCAAAACCACUCAGUGGUAAAGAUUCAGUACAGAAAGAUUCAACUUUUCCAGUCAUCGAGGACGAUCGCUCGAGCCUUUCAGAACUGUCUUCUAGAGGUUCAGCAAAAACGUAAAAUGGAGAUACGGAGUAAUAGUUCAAUAAUCGUUUAAUUUCAUUCUGCAUUCAUCACUAUCAAUAUAAAUUAUGUUACAUACGGAAAUCUUAAAAGAUGUAACGCUUACACUACAAAUACCUUAUUACCAGGAGUUGUGUAUAAUUUAAUUACACUUAAAACUGUGUACUCGUUCACAGUUGUGUUGAAAUAUUCAUAAUGAUACGUUCACUGAAAUAGAACGAGAUGAAAAAGGUAGCUGAAAUUGAUAUGUAACAAAAAAGAUUUGAAAACUAGUUUGGAUAUUCGCGAAAUUUCAUCACGGUAAAUGCAAAUUCUGCUCAUCAUUUCAAAAGCGAGUCAGAUCUUUUUUUCUUUUUUUUCCCCCUUUUAAGUCUUAAGUUAUCGUUUUUGUGUAUUAUUAAUUUACGCGAAUACAAUAAUACCUUAUGUGCUUCAAGACUUUAACACGUAUCAAGAAACGAGAACGAGUGACUAAAAAAACUUCUAGCAAUAUGAUAAUGUUAUGCAAAAUGACAUCCGCCCAUUGUUCUUGCCAUUCAUAUACAAGGUUUGUAAACUUAUCAAAUUUCAAAACAUGUAACGAAGAAUAAAUGCAGCGGAACUGCC